ACUACAAGAAAGCGCCCUGGUGGGCGGGGCCCUGGGCGGGGCCCCGGGCCGCUCUCCAAUGACCCGGAACUGAGGCGAUCCAUGGUUCUCCGAGAGGAUGGGCUACGGGGCGCUAGGGAAACAAGAAGCGAUCCCUGGGAGUCGUCUCGCCUUCACCGAACGCUCUGGGCUUUUUCCAGAGGAGAUAAAAGAUAGGAAGUGACGUCUGGGCCCGAAGCAGGCCCGGGGCUCGGGACCGAUCUGGCUAGGCCAGGCCAGAGCCGCUCUCCCGCUGAGCUCAGGGCGCGUGUACCACCCGCCUGACCGGCCCCUGUCCCCGGAUCCGCUCGCCGCGUCGGAGCGGGAGCGGGUGUCACCCCGCGGCCGUAGAGCGGGAACGCCCGCCCGGACACCUGUCGCCCAUAUUUUAAUAUCCCAAUUCCAGGAAAAUACUGGAUAACACCUUUGAGAAAAAAAAAAACAAGAAAUCAUGAAGAAGUGUUUUAAUUAUUAAAGCCAUGGCUACAUCUGCAAAUCUGGACAUUGGGGCCCAGCUGAUCGUGGAAGAGUGUCCCAGCAGCUAUAUCUCUGGGAUGCCAGACAUCAAGCUAGAGCACCAGCUAGACCCAAACCCAGAUGAAGGAGCAGCCCAGGGCGUCGCCAUGGGGAUGAAAUUCAUAUUGCCAAACCGAUUUGAUAUGAACGUGUGUUCUCGAUUCGUGAAGUCCUUAAAUGAAGAGGAUAGUAAAAAUAUUCAAGAUCAAGUUAACUCUGACCUGGAGGUGGCAUCUGUCUUAUUUAAAGCUGAGUGCAAUAUCCAUACAUCUCCUUCUCCUGGAAUUCAAGUAAGGCAUGUCUACACACCAUCUACAACAAAACAUUUCUCACCCAUAAAACAGUCAACUACUUUAACCAACAAGCACAGGGGAAACGAGGUCUCUACCACACCUCUGUUAGCAAAUUCUCUGUCUGCUCACCAGUUGGCAGCCCAGGGAGAGAUGCUCUACCUGGCUACUCGUAUUGAACAAGAAAAUGUUAUCAAUCACACGGAUGAAGAAGGAUUUACCCCCCUGAUGUGGGCUGCGGCACAUGGGCAAAUAGCUGUGGUAGAGUUCCUUCUUCAGAAUGGUGCAGAUCCCCAGCUUCUAGGAAAAGGUCGAGAAAGUGCUCUGUCUCUUGCCUGUAGCAAGGGCUACACAGACAUUGUCAAAAUGCUGCUUGACUGUGGAGUUGACGUCAAUGAAUAUGACUGGAACGGAGGGACACCUUUGCUUUACGCUGUCCAUGGGAACCACGUGAAGUGCGUGAAGAUGCUGUUGGAAAAUGGAGCUGACCCAACAAUUGAAACAGACUCUGGCUAUAAUUCUAUGGACCUAGCUGUAGCUUUGGGCUACAGAGGUGGUGAGUAUUUUAGAACUCUCGGGUCAUUUUAGGAAAGCAUCAUAUAUAGGAAUGCCAGUGCUCCAAACCGUCUUCAUUGCUUUCAUGCAUAAAACACUGUAGUAUUCUAACUCCAGACAUAGGCUUUAAUGAAGUGCCAAGUAAACAGACCCCGUAAAGCGAAGGGCGGAGUUCACUUAUUGUACUUUUCCAUAAACUCAGAUAGUUACUGGAAGAAAAGUGGACAGUGUUUGCAAGAUUUUCAAAAAUGUUUUCAUUAAAAAAUUAUAUAACAGCAUUGCACUGUGUAAUAAAAGCUCAGUUCAGAAAACUCGGAAGCUCGGGCAGCGGCUGAAUUAGAAGCAGCCUUAAUGUCAAGGGUAGCUGUCGCACAUUGUCCUCAGAUGGCGACAAUCAGUCCUAACAGAAAUAGCUUCAUUGUACAGAAUCCCAGGGCUCGGUUGAGCUGACGCAGUGACUUUUGUGUGCUUGCUCUUGUGUCUCUGUGUGGUGAGCUUACUGACUUACCCUUACUUACUGACGUAGUCCAACAGGCCAUCGAGUCCCAUCUGCUGAAACUCCUUCAGAACAUCAGGGAGUGAGGAGACUCGGGAAACGCCCUCUGCCCUCCCUCACUCCUUGGUCCUUAAUGAUAGUUUUGUUUACAUGUAAAUUUUUAUAGUUUUGUUUGGGUAUACAUUUUUAUCUCAGUUGCAAUAUUUGCUGGGUUUUAGUGAGUUUUAAUAAAUAUUCCUCUGGAUAAUUCACUUGUUUAUAAUAAAAUUAAUCCUGAUGGUUUUUUAAAUAAAUGUGUUUUACUAUAUAUUAAAAUUAUUAAUUAAUGUUUUGUGGCAUGUAACCUUUUAUGGUACAGGUGGUUGUGAGUCUUUGUAUCAAGUAGCACAAUUUGACACUUUAAGGAAACUCCAACUUGUUUGUCUUUACUCUUGUAUUCACUCUUUUGACUUUGCACAGGGCUUACUGUAAGUGUGUGGGAGGGAAAUAAUGUUCUUGUGGAAUUAAAAAGUACAGUGUGAUGGUUUACAAAAUCAUGUCUAAAUAAAAUACUUUGUCUGUUUGCAUUCUA